AAUGACAGAGUGUAGUAGCAUGGGGGUGUCCAGUGGACAGGCGGAGACAUCUGAGAAGCCAGAAGCAGAGGAUAUGACCUCAAAAGAUUAUUAUUUUGAUUCCUAUGCCCAUUUUGGUAUUCAUGAGGAAAUGUUAAAGGACGAAGUGCGCACUCUCACAUACCGGAAUUCCAUGUUUCACAACAAACAUCUUUUUAAAGAUAAGGUGGUUCUGGAUAUGGGCAGUGGUACUGGGAUUUUGUGUAUGUUUGCUGCUAAAGCUGGUGCUAAAAAGGUUAUUGGGAUAGAGUGCUCCAGCAUUUCAGAUUAUGCAGUAAAAAUUGUCAAGGCCAAUAAACUUGACCAUGUUGUGACCAUCAUUAAAGGCAAAGUGGAAGAAGUGGAGUUACCUAUAGGAGUGGACAUCAUCAUCUCAAAAUGGAUGGGUUAUUGUUUAUUCUAUGAAUCCAUGCUUAAUACUGUCAUUUAUGCAAGGGACAAGUGGCUCACACCUGAUGGCUUGAUCUUCCUGGGCAGAGCAACUCUGUAUGUUACAGCGAUUGAAGAUCGUCAAUACAAGGACUAUAAAAUCCACUGGUGGGAGAAAGUGUAUGGUUUUGACAUGUCCUGCAUUAAGGAUGUAGCCAUUAAGGAGCCUUUGGUUGACGUUGUUGAUCUAAAGCGUCUUGUUACUAGCUCCUGCCUCAUUAAGGAGGUUGAUAUAUACACAGUCAAGACAGAGGUCCUAUCUUUUACAUCUCCCUUCUGUUUGCAUAAGAGAAGUGAUUACAUUCAUGCACUUGUAACAUACUUCAAUAUUGAGUUCACAAGAUGUCACAAGAGGACUGGCUUCUCUACUAGCCCAGAAUCUCCUUAUACUCAUUGGAAACAGACAGUCUUUUACUUGGAUGACUAUUUAACUGUAAAGACUGGAGAGGAAAUCUUUGGAACCAUCAGCAUGAAACCCAAUGCAAAAAAUAAUCGGGAUCUGGACUUUGUUGUAGACAUUGAUUUCAAGGGUCAGCUCUGCGAGAUGAGCAAGACUUCGGAAUACAGGAUGCGCCAGAGUAGAGGUCUUGAAGACAAAUCCCCACAUAGUACAAAAUGACGUAGUUCACUUUGUCACAGUUUCUCCAUUGAAAUGACAUCCUGAGCAAUGGACAUGUUUUUGUCAUUACACUGCCUGCCUAAGGUGCCAUUCCCUUAUGUUGCUGCCAUUUGCUAUUUCAUCUUUCUGUGUGGGAAACUUGUACUUUCAAUGUUGUGAAAUAAGUGAUUAACAAAGGACUGUAAGUUAAAUAUUUGGACAGUCUUCCCUGACUGACAAAGGACUCUUUUAUUUGUGUUUGCUGCUUUUAUAUAU